AUGCCUCGACCGGGGAGAAACACGUACAGCGACCAGAAACCUCCAUACUCGUACAUCUCUCUGACCGCCAUGGCAAUCCAGAGCUGUCCGGAGAAGAUGCUUCCACUAAGCGAGAUUUACAAGUUCAUCAUGGACCGUUUCCCCUAUUACAGAGAAAACACGCAGCGGUGGCAAAACUCUUUGCGGCACAACCUGUCUUUUAACGACUGCUUCAUCAAGAUCCCUCGCCGACCCGAUCAGCCUGGGAAGGGCAGCUUCUGGGCGCUGCAUCCAGGCUGUGGGGACAUGUUCGAGAACGGAAGUUUCUUGAGGCGGCGCAAGCGUUUCAAAGUGCUGAUGGAGUCCGGACUGCUUGCCGCGAACAAGCCCUCGGACGCCGCGCACUAUCUCCAGCAGCAAGCCAAACUUCGCCUGAGCGCGCUGGCUGCCACGGGUACACACCUCCCGCAGAUGUCCAGCUACAACCUGGGAGUGUCCCAGCCGUCCACUUUCAAGCACCCGUUCGCCAUCGAGAACAUCAUCGCCAGAGAGUACAAGGUGCCGGGAGGGCUCGCCUUUUCCACCAUGCAGUCCAUGUCUGCGGGCUACCCCCUGCACAACCAGCUGACCACGGCGUGGCCCCACAUGUACAACACGAAUAUGAUUGACACGGCAGCUCCCAUCUCAAUGGCCAGCAGUGAUUACAGUGCGUACGGCGUGCCCAUCAAGUCCCUGUGCCAUGGGGGACAAACCUUACCUGCUAUCCCUGUGCCAAUUAAACCCACUCCCGCUGCGGUACCCGGCCUAUCGUCGCUGCCCCCUCACAUCCCCGCGUUCCUGUCGAACUCCCCGCAGUCGUUAAGUCCCACAUCUCCCCAGACAGCCACCAGCCAAAGCAGCCCGGCCACCCCCAGCGAGACCCUCACAAACCCGCCAACACUGCAGUCUGUCGCGGUGCAUUGACCUUACGCAAACCCGCUGGCCUG